AUGGAGAUAGAGAAGGAGGUGAAGAAGAUGACCCUGGGGCAUGAGUUCGGAGCGGGAGCGGCCUGUUUGAAAUGCAAGGACAAGUGUGAAGGCUUUGAACUGCAUUUCUGGAGAAAAAUCUGCCGAAACUGCAAAUGUGGCCUGACGGAGCACAAUGUGCAGAUGAACUCUGAGGAGAACAAGAAGGUGGGAAAGCUGUUUGAAGACACCAAGUACACCGGGCUUAUUGCCAAGCUGAAGACUGAUGGCAUACCAAGCUACCAGGGCAACAUGGUCACCAUCACUCUGCCCAGCUCGUCCAGCUCCUACAUUGUUCCUCCAAGUGCCUCCUCGACUAUGGUGCCUCCCUCUGCUGCAGCUGGUUAUGCACAGCCUGCUGGAGCCCCUGCAGGCUCAGCACCCGGCAGCGCUCAGGCUCAGGCUCAAGCUCAAGCUCAGGCUCAAGCUCAAGCUCAGGCUCAGGCUCAGGCUCAGGCUCAGGCUCAGGCUCAAGCUCAAGCUCAGGCUCAGGCAGCACCUGCCAGUGUCACACCCAUCAAAGCUGGCAAGCUGCCAGUCGCUGUCAGCGCCACAGCAGCCAAUGUGUUGCCAGUCUCCAAAGAUGUACCAAUGAAGUCAGUCACCUACGAGUGGGCACCACCGGUAGCCAAUAAAUAUCUGGCGGUGCGUUACAUCGAGCUGCUCCCACCAGAGAAGCGACCCGUGGCGGGUUCAGAAGGGGCCGCUUAUCGUCGGCAGCAGAUGGCUCGCCAGCUGCCCGAGCACGACCAGGACCCGUCCAAGUGCCACGAGCUGACCCCCGCCGAGGUCAAGCAAAUGGAGCAGUUCGUCCGCAAGUACAAGGAUGAGGCCCUCGGGAUCGGAGAUGUCAUGCUGCCUGAAGACAUGGCUCAAAUCCAGGCAGGAGGGCCGGGUGGAGCUGGUGGUGCAGCUGGUGCUGGAGCUGGAGGGGCUAAUGCUGGGCCUGGGUUUAGACCUGGAGCUGGUGGAGUUGGUGUUGCUGGUGCUGGAGCUGGAGUUGGAGGGGCUAAUGCUGGGCCUGGGUUUAGACCUGGGGCCAAUGGAGCUGGUGUUAAUGCUGGGGCUGGAGCUGGAGCUGGAGCUGGAGGGGCUGGGUAUAGACCUGGAGUUGGGGGUGCAGGAGUUGGAGCUGGUUUUGGGCCUGGAGCUGCAGGCACUGGUGUUGGUCCCAUGGGUGGAGCUGGAGCUGGAGGUGCUGGAGUCGGAGCUGGACCUGGAGUAGGACCUGGAGCUGGAGUCGGAGCUGGAGCUGGCUUCGGGCCAGCUGGAGGAGCCAUGGGAACUACUGCCACUGCUGGAGCCAUCGGCGUCCCAGGAACUUUGCAAGCUGGACUACCACAGAACUUUUCGUGCCAUCACUGCCAGCAGCCAAUGCGUGUGGGCGAGCCGGCCGUGUACGCAGAGCGGGCCGGCUAUGACAAGAUGUGGCACCCGGCUUGUUUCGUGUGCUGUAACUGCACCGAGCUGCUGGUGGACAUGAUUUACUUCUGGAAGAAAGGCAAACUGUACUGUGGACGCCACUACGGAGACAGCGAGAAGCCGCGUUGUGGAGGAUGUGACGAGCUGAUCUUCAGUAACGAGUACACUCAGGCUGAAGGCCAGAACUGGCAUCUGAAGCACUUCUGCUGUUUCGAGUGCGACUGCAUCCUGGCUGGAGAGACGUAUGUCAUGGAGAAAGAUAAACCUGUCUGCAAACCCUGCUACAUGAAGAACUACGCUGUGAAAUGUACAGUCUGCCAGAAUCCGGUGGAUCCCGAGGCGCAGAGGGUUUCCUACGGCGAUCACCACUGGCACGCUGAGCCGGACUGCUUUAAAUGCUCCGGCUGCACCAAGUGUCUGGUUGGUCAACGCUUCAUGGCGGUGCAGGGCUUCCUCUUCUGCUCCGUGGAGUGCAAGAAGAAAAUCAUGACUUAGGAACGGCCGAAAAACAAAACAUCUCCCUCCGUCUUCUCCACAACCAGGACGGGUUCAGCUAAAAGCUAGAACCAGAGCAGGGAAAACAAAAACACUGGUACAGCUGGGCGAGGGGAAGAUAUGUUUGACCGUUGCUAUGGUAACAUAAAAUAGAGUGCCUCUUGUCUCUACUAUAGAGACGUACAAGUAACAGUGAGUCUAUUUGCAUUUGGGUGCUAUUUCCUUUCUUAGGAUAACAUCCAAACUUCUAAUAUCCUCUGCCUUAAAAUCAGUUGUCUUCUUUCAACAAGUAGUUUUUUUUUUUUACUUGCACUGUUUUUUUUCUUACUGAUAAGAUUAUUUCAAAGAUGAUGAUGUUUUCUUUUU